UCAGUGCUGCUCAAGAGAAAGCCCUGGAUCUAUAAGUAAAUAAAGAAUUCUUUUGUGUGGGUUAUAUACAUAUAGAUGUUUUCAUGAAGAGGAGCGAAAAGCCAGAAGGAUAUAGACAGAUGAGGCCUAAGACCUUUCCAGCCAGUAACUACACUGGCAACAGCCGGCAAAUGUUGCAAGAGAUUCGGGAAUCUCUUAGGAAUUUAUCUAAACCAUCUGAUGCAGCUAAGGCUGAGCAGAAUAUGAGUAAAAUGUCAACUGAAGACCCUCGACAAGUCAGAAAUCCACCCAAAUUUGGGACACAUCAUAAAGCCUUACUAGAAAUUCGAAACUCUCUGCUACCAUUUGCAAAUGAAGCAAGUUCUUCCCGGAAUACUUCAGAAAUUAAUCCACAAAUGUUUCAAGACUUGCAAGCUGCUGGAUUUGAUGAGGACAUGGUUGCACAAGCUCUUCAGAAAACUAACAACAGAAGUAUAGAAGCCGCAAUUGAGUUCAUUAGUAAAAUGAGUUACCAGGAUCCUCGACGGGAACAGAUGGCAGCAGCGGCAGCCAGACCUAUUAAUGCCAGCUUGAAGCCAGGGAGUGUGCAACAAUCGAUUAACCGCAAACAAAGCUGGAAAGGUUCUAAAGAGUCCUUAGUGCCUCAAAGACACGGCCCACCUCUAGGGGAAAGCGUGGUUUAUCGUUCCGAAAGUCCCAGCUCACAGACAGAUGUAGGAAGACCUUUGUCAGGAUCUGGUGUAACAGCAUUUGCUCAGGCUCACCCUAGCAAUGGACAGAGAGUGAACCCCCCACCACCUCCUCAAGUAAGGAGUGUCACUCCUCCUCCACCUCCAAGAGGCCAGACUCCUCCUCCAAGAGGCACAACCCCACCUCCUCCCUCAUGGGAGCCAAACCCGCAAACAAAGCGCUAUUCUGGGAAUGUGGACUUUGUCAUCUCCAGAAUCUCUCCUGUCCCACCUGGAGCCUGGCAGGAGGGCUAUCCUCCACCACCUCUUACUACAUCCCCAGUGAAUCCUCCCAAUCAGGGACAGAGAGGCAUUAGUUCUGUCCCAGUUGGCAGACAACCAAUCAUCAUGCAGAGUUCUAACAAAUUUAACUUUCCACCAGGGAGACCUGGAAUUCAGAAUGGUAGUGGUCAGACUGAUUUUAUAAUCCAUCAAAAUGUUCCUGCUGGGGCUGUAAAUAGGCAGCCACCUCCUCCAUAUCCGCUCACCCCAACUAAUGGACAAAGCCCUUCUUUACAAACAGGGGGCUCUGCUGCUCCUUCAUCAUACACAAAUGGAAAUAUCCCUCAGUCUGUGAUGGUGCCAAACAGAAACAGUCACAACAUGGAACUUUAUAACAUUAAUGUAUCUGGACUUCAAACAACGUGGCCUCAGUCAUCAUCUGCUCCAACCCAGUCAUCCCCGAGCAGUGCACAUGAAAUCCCUACAUGGCAGCCUAACAUACCAGUGAGGUCAAAUUCUUUUAAUAACCCACUAGGAAACAGAACAAGUCAUUCCACUAAUUCUCAGCCUUCAGCUACAACAGUCACUGCUAUUACUCCAGCUCCCAUUCAGCAGCCUGUGAAAAGCAUACGUGUGUUAAAACCAGAGCUCCAGACUGCUUUAGCGCCCACCCACCCUUCUUGGAUGCCACAGCCAGUUCAAACUGUUCAACCUAGUCCUUUUUCUGAGGGUGCCACAUCAAAUUUGACUGUUAUGCCACCUGUUGCUGAAGCCCCAAACUAUCAAGGUCCUCCACCACCUUAUCCAAAACAUCUUCUACACCAGAAUGCAUCUGUUCCUCUCUAUGAGCCCAUAAAUAAACUGAGCAAAGAGGAUCAGCCAAGCUUGCCCAAGGAAGAUGAGGGUGAAAAAAGUUACGAAAAUGUUGAUAAUGGGGAUAAAGAAAAGAAACAGAUCACAACAUCACCUAUCACUGUUAGGAAAAACAAGAAAGAUGAAGAGCGAAGAGAAUCUCGUAUUCAAAGUUAUUCUCCUCAGGCAUUUAAAUUCUUUAUGGAGCAACAUGUAGAAAAUGUACUCAAGUCCCAUCAGCAACGUCUGCAUCGUAAAAAGCAAUUAGAGAAUGAAAUGAUGCGGGUUGGAUUAUCUCAAGAUGCCCAGGAUCAAAUGAGAAAGAUGCUUUGCCAAAAAGAGUCUAAUUACAUCCGUCUUAAGAGGGCUAAAAUGGACAAGUCUAUGUUUGUGAAGAUAAAGACACUAGGAAUAGGAGCAUUUGGUGAAGUCUGUCUAGCAAGAAAAGUAGAUACUAAGGCUUUAUAUGCUACAAAAACGCUUCGAAAGAAAGAUGUUCUACUUCGAAAUCAAGUUGCUCAUGUUAAAGCUGAAAGAGAUAUCCUGGCCGAAGCUGACAAUGAAUGGGUAGUUCGUCUCUAUUAUUCUUUCCAAGAUAAAGACAAUUUAUACUUUGUAAUGGACUAUAUUCCUGGAGGUGAUAUGAUGAGUCUAUUAAUCAGAAUGGGAAUCUUUCCAGAAAAUUUGGCACGAUUCUACAUAGCAGAACUUACCUGUGCAGUUGAAAGUGUCCAUAAAAUGGGUUUUAUUCAUAGAGAUAUUAAGCCUGAUAACAUUUUGAUUGAUCGUGAUGGUCAUAUUAAACUGACUGACUUCGGCCUCUGCACUGGUUUCAGAUGGACACAUGAUUCUAAGUACUAUCAGAGUGGUGAUCACCCACGGCAAGAUAGUAUGGAUUUCAGUAAUGAAUGGGGUGACCCCUCUAAUUGUCGAUGUGGAGAUAGACUGAAGCCAUUAGAGCGGAGAGCUGCACGCCAGCACCAGCGAUGUCUAGCACAUUCUUUGGUUGGGACUCCCAAUUAUAUUGCCCCUGAAGUACUAUUACGAACAGGCUACACACAGUUAUGUGACUGGUGGAGUGUUGGUGUAAUUCUUUUUGAAAUGUUGGUGGGACAACCUCCUUUCUUGGCACAAACACCAUUAGAAACACAAAUGAAGGUUAUCAACUGGCAAACAUCUCUUCACAUUCCAUCACAAGCUAAACUGAGUCCUGAAGCCUCUGAUCUUAUCGUCAAGCUUUGCCGCGGACCAGAAGAUCGCUUAGGCAAAAAUGGUGCUGAUGAAAUAAAAGCACACCCAUUCUUUAAAGCAAUUGAUUUCUCCAGUGACCUUAGACAGCAGUCUGCUUCAUACAUUCCUAAAAUCACACACCCAACAGAUACAUCAAACUUUGAUCCUGUUGAUCCUGAUAAGUUAUGGAGUGAUGAUAAUGAGGAAGAAAAUAUAAACGACACUCUCAAUGGAUGGUAUAAAAAUGGAAAGCACCCUGAACAUGCUUUCUAUGAAUUCACUUUUCGGAGGUUUUUUGAUGACAAUGGCUACCCUUAUAAUUAUCCAAAGCCUAUUGAAUACGAAUAUAUUAACUCACAAGGCUCAGAGCAACAGUCAGAUGAAGACGAUCAGGACACAGGCGCAGAGAUCAAAAAUAUUGAUUUAGUUUAUGUUUAAUACACUAAAAAGUAAUUGUGAUGAGGAUUUGCAAAAAGGCCUGAAACCCAGGGUUUUUUGAGGCUAUGAGAGUAAAGUUAUGAGAGUAAAGUUAUGCAAAUGAAACAGAGCUAUGUAUGUGUGCUCUGUGUACAAUAGUUUAUAUUCCUAAAUUAUGGGAAAUCCUUUAAAAAUGUUAAGUUAUUCCAGCUUUUUAAAUCAGUAAUUUAGAAAAAAAAAUUGUUAUAAAGAAAAUAAAUUAUGAACUGAGUAUUAUAAUCAGUUCUUGGUACUUAAAGUACUUUAAAAUAGUGCUUUGUUUAAAAGGAGAAGUCUGGUAUCUAUUUGUACAUAUGCUAAAUAAUUUUUAAAAGACUGAGUUUUUGAAAUUUGCCUGAAAGACAGUUUUAGUUUUACCUUGCUUUAACCAAAUAUGAAACAUACCCCAUAUUUACAGAGCUCUUCCUCCUACUCCCACACUUUGUUUUUGAUACAGAGUCAGCUAUAAAAAUUAAAACAUCCUGACGGUAACUAUUCCUUGGCUAAUGAUAAUCUUUGUAAUUCACAACUUGAAACCAAGAAAUCCAGGGUUGAAACUUAUGUUCAUCAGAAGGAAAAAUAAUGUAGAAUAUUUAGUAAUCUAGUAUAUAUUUCUUCAGAGUUACUGACUUUAAAAGAAGCAAAGCACUCCCAGUUUUCUUUGCCAUGUUGAUAUUUUAAUGCUGCUUCCUGUUUUAAAAAGGAAAAAUCUCCCCUAAAUAAAAAUUUGAUACUAAAAGCGAAGAUCUUUAAUAUUUCUACUUGGAAAUUAAAAACAUGAAAACAAAAAACUUCACCAUCCUAAGCAGAAAUAAUAUUUUAGUUUCAUAUGAAACUUUGAUUAGAAUUAUUUGUAGGUAGUCGCUAAAAAAAUGUUUUACCUAUAUAGCGACAGUUUUGUCAGUAAUGUUACAGUCCCCUCUUUCUGAACAGUGCUGCAUACAUGGAAAAUCUGGCUAUUUGGCAGUAUUUUACCAAAGUGCAGAUUAAUUGGUGAAGAAAUAGUUAACUCUUAAUUAAGGUAGCCAUUAUUUAAUUAGGAGAAUUGCUUAGCGGUCUUAGAAAAUCAAAAUCCUUCUAAGUAAUUUAAGGUUAAAUAAUGUUUUCCAGCAUGCCUAUUAUAUAUAAUGCUUAGGGCUCAAGGAAACUCAUGGGUUUCUAAAAUAACACUAGGCAUAUCUUUUGGGAAGGCAGGGGAAGGGCUCUGACACCAGUAAAAUUUGUAUUAAUACAAAUUUCUUUUUUGUAUUUGUACCAGUUUGUAAGGAAAUACAAACAUAGUUCCUUAAGCUCCACUGUAGAGAAUUAUUUCAUCAAAAUAUUUUUUUGUGGAAAAAGAGGAUAAUUUUAGUGAUCUUCCAGGCUUUUAGCUUUCUUGAUUAAAAGUUAACAGAAACCAGAGAUUUAAGUAAAGUUAAAGGCAAAAGUAUCUCGAUUGAAGUGGGGGGAGGGAAAGGUUUGUAUUAGCCCACAUGCCCCACUUUCCUGAAAGAGGCCCUCUCAGCUCAGCUUGUAAACAACACUGCAUAGCCUAUAGUUGUAAUGAUGGGUGUUUGGGUCAUUAACCCUUUUAGAAUCUGAUGAAAAAUGUCAGCUCUUCCAAGAAAACUAUGUAUUAACAGAUACAUAUCAAUUAUUGCAUGCAGUUUUAGGGAUCCUGGAUGCAUUGAAACUUGUUACAAAGUAAGAAAUGUGCUUUAAAUGUAUGGCUCACUACUCAGAUCGACACAUCUUGUGUAAACACUGAUGAUUUGUGAUGGAAAGGUUCUGUAUAAGACAUCCCUGUGAAUGCCUGUUUCUUCUGUUCAUGUCUGUUAAAAUCGUUAAGUUCUUUGCUGCAAGCAUUUCAUCACAAGUAUUUUUGCCAUAUAACUAAUUUUGCUAUAAAAUUUUGCUGUAAAAAAUAACUGGUUGACAGUUUGGGUUCAGGUUUGUUCUAUACAGAGAGUAAGUAGAUGUGCUGAUCUUAAAGUACUGGAUGUUAGCAACUAUAUAAGUUGACUUCAUAGAAAAUACAGCAGUAAAACUUAACAAAGUAUGACACAGUAUAAAGGUAGGUUGCAUUCUCUCAUAGGUAACAUGUGUAUACAAAUGUAUAUAUGUGAGUAUACAUAUUUACAACCAUGCUUUGUAUCAUUAUGAAAGUGUAGGCUGUUGUUUGUUCUUGGCAUAACAACACAUGUGCGUUGAUAGGUAUUUCAAAGUAGAUGUGAAAUGUGGGUUCAACUUUGGACCUUCAAAGCUCUUCUAAGCCUUUCCUGCAAUGAAGAGUGUUUCAAACUAAAACCAGUUCUCUUGAGGUAAAUGAUGGUCAACUGUCAGCUCAGUAAAGCUAUCAAUAACACCACUAACUGGAAGAAAAUCUAGUACUGUCGUACAUUUAACCUUUGUUUUAAAUUUAUCCGUUAAUUUAGUUGUUAAAGCUAUUGUAUCUACAUUAGGUAAAGAAUUGAUAAUACUCUUUAAGAUUUGAGUUACACCCAUCUCUUUUCUACUUGCCAUAGCUUGGCAAACUUGGUUUUGAUGGGUAGCAAUGACUGCUUACCAAAUGACUAGCAUAGUGGUAUGUUCUUUUCCCAGUAAGUUUUAUCAUAUUUUCUAAUCUAGUCGAUAAAUCCUAGUUAUCCACUAUUUUUAGAUUAUCGUGUCUGUAUCACUGUAUAGCUUAUUACGAAGGCUAAGAUUUAUAUACUGUAAAAAUGAGAGAAUUUUGCCAGCUGAAACCAAACACAACCUGUUAUUUUAUCUGUUUUUAUAGCACAAUUGUGACCAGUUAGGUAUUUGGAGAAAAUACUAUGGCAAAGAACUUACUCAAAUCUACCUGUAAUCCUUGCUGGUACAGUACUAACAUAAUUUAAAUUCAGCCUUGGGAGGGUGCGGAAAUACAUGUUUGGCCUGAAUGGGCUUGAUAGAGGAAUACUCUGAAUUUCUAAUCAGAGAAUUAUAAGAAAAUGCACUGUAAUGAGAUGGCAGUCUUCAUGGAACAUCCUAUGCAAAACGAAAUCAAGAAAUUUUAAUUUCAAAACAUUUUUAAACUAUCUUGCUCUUCAGACUUUGUCAGAGUUGUUUCCAUUUAGUUGUUUUACUUCUGGAUAUGGUGCAAUACAGUAUAAGAACCAACUUGUUACACUUAUGUCUUAGGAAAACUAAGGUGCUUUCUCUGUUGCCCAUAUGCCUCAGAUAUAGCAGACACUACAAAUUUUGUUUUCUUUCAAAAUUUCCUCUUAACAGUGUAAGCUUUUGUACAGCCUUUAGUAACUGCAGUUUUAAUAGUUUGGAUAUGCUGUUUUUUGUCUUCUUACUCCCAGACUAUAUUCAGUUCUUCCACUAUAGAACUUGCUUUGUUCAGACCCACUAAGAUGAAGACAACAUCAAGAGUCUGUGUUCUCAACUGAAAUGGAGUGAAAACAUUUGUUACAUGUUUUCUUUUAAAAAUAAUGUUCCCACUCAUUAAAAAACUUGCUGUCUUUCUUAAACCCCUUUUACGCUUAUUAAUUGUAUUUAUAAAAUGUGUUCUAUAAUUAUGUAACUGUAGAUACUGUUAUGUAUUGUCCAGUGACAUUCUAAGGCAGGCCCUAUUGCUGUAUCUUUUCUACCUUAUUUGUAAUAGAAACUAUAGAAUGUAUGACUAAGAAGUCACUUUGAGAUUGACUUUUUAAAAAAGUUAUCUUCUGCUGUUGCAAAGUGCAAAACUGUGAGUGGAAAUAUUUUAUUCUGACUAAAUAAUAUGUUAGAAAUUAGAGAUUACAGUGGGAGGAUUUUUAGUUAUUGCUGCUGCUGUUACCUAAGGUACUUUAGAAAUUUCUCUUUAAUAAACAAAGAUUAAAAUCCCUUUGGUAUUUAAAGUGAAACACUUAACCUGUUUGUUUUAAUCUAAAACAAAAAGUAAUUUGGGUCAACAUAUUGGUCUAUUUGUAAAGCGCCUUAAUAUUUCCCUAUGUGGAAGGCACUAUACCACAGUUUACUUUUAUAUUGUAUUAUGUAUAUAAGUAUUUUGUAUUAAAGUUGAAUCAGUGACAACACUACAGUUUUAUAAAAUAACGCUUUGUUAGGAAAAGGAAUUACAGCUUUGCAAUAUAACUAAAUUGUUUUGCAUACUUCUGAAUGUAAUAGUUAAGAAUAAUCAGCCUGUGUUUUUAAUGACUCUUAUUUGUAUUUUCCCAUCAUUUUCUCUAGUGUAACAUUUGCUGGGAUAA